AUGAUACUGUUCGCUACGCUCUUGGGGGGACAUCUCGGGCGGAUCGGCGCGCCCCUUGCGGCACCACUCGCGCGCUGCGCCAAAAACUUCGUGAUCACACUCAUGCGCAAGAAAAGGGACAAGCUGGCGUGCAAGUAUACCGCCAAGUUUGGCUUCGUCGCCACCAUCGCAGCCUUCGCCAGUGUCUGUCUUAUCACCCUGCAUCUCGCGCCAGAGACCCGGCUGCUGAGCACAGACCCUCGGCACAAGCACUGGAACAUGUUCAUCAAGUGCAUCUUGAACGAGCCGACGGAGAAGCGGCAGCGGCGCCGCGACGAGCUACGCCCCUCCGUGCAAGGCGACGGCGAUCUCAGUCGGGCGUGGGUCGAAUUGGCUCCAGCGCGCGACGACGAGAAGCAUCUGGGCCGCCGCAUUUGCAGUGGCCGGUAA